AUGAAGCGAAGGCGGCCUUGCGUAGCGGGCACCGCGCCGCCUCGGCAAGCACAGACUGAGAGACGCGUCACGUCUCUGCUGAGGCGAGUAAAGCUACGAACGAAGAACCAAUCUUUUCAGCGGCAGACGCCGCUUCUCUGCGUGUGGCGAAAAACCCAAGUGAAGGCUGAGGCUGUUUCUCGGUCGGUGAACAGCUCGGCCAUGCCGGGAGUGCAGACUGCUCGGGAGUUAGCCUUGCAUUUCCGAUGGUCAGCGCCCUUCGAAGGGGAGGAGGAACUUCCCGACGGAGGAGCGUCGACAGAGAUAACAGCCCAGAAAAGCUGGCGGGUGAUGCAGAAGGCUUUCCCUCACGACAGUCGGAGCGAAAAAACAGAAUCUAUGCAAAGGGCGGAGACAUGUGCGCCACCGUUCGCCCCUUCCCCACGUGAACAGGCGCCGGCCGCUGCCUCCUUCGCUGGGUUGGCCUGCUGCGGUCUGCGACAGCUUUUGGCGGAUGGCGGCCUCGACUCGGGUGUUCCCCCUGAGCGAAGUUUUCCGUGUGGAUUCAGGGAACAGGGUGCGGAGACUCCUGACUCCUUCGCUCCCUUGUCUGUGCCCUCAACGCGGCCCUCACGGCGUGCUGCGCCAGGCGCAUGUUUGAGAUAUGGUUGGCGCUCUUUUGCGCACUUUCCAGCGAGCGGAAGUUGCCUGUUCUCUUCCUCGCCAGCGCACGCGCCCUGCCCUCGUCGCUUCGGAUGCCCUUCAGUCUCAGCGGUGGACGGCGCCGCGCGGAGGGCAUCCCGCGAGUCUUUUUGUUUCCCAGUCUCAACCCGCUCCCUCUUGUCUGUGGUGUUGCCUCCCCUCUCUUCCUGUCCACGCUGCGCUCCCCCCGCCUCGGCGCCGCCACCCUGCGGCAAAGCGUCCGCUGGCGCGUCCGUUUCUUCUCAAGCGCCCUCCUCUGCGUCUGUCUCUCUCACGCUGCCCGCUUCGCCUCCCCUGCCGGGCGCCCUCUUGUCUCCGCUCGUGAACGCCUCACGAGGCGCAGUGCAGAGCCUGCGACGGAGGCACUCGGCGCGAAGCGCAUGUCGUCCUGCGUCACUUCUCGUGGCGCCGCUGUGGCUCGCGCUGUCGCUCUUUUUCCUGGCGGGUCCCUCGAGGGAAGCCGCGCCGCUCUUUGCGGACGCAGUGAUUUGUCGCGUCGACGCUUCCGAGGGCUUGGUGGCUGCCGCUGCAGCCGGCGGCGGCGCCGCUGCCCCGUUCGACGUCUUCGCCCUCCCCCUCUGCCGCCUGCCCUAUCUCGUGAACUCCGCGAUCCCCCCUCGAGACGCGCCGCACGUCGGUCUUGACGCAGGAGGUGUGAUUGAGAUUGACUUGGAGCUGCUUCCCGCGAACUACGUGAACAACCUGCCUCUGCCGCAACCGCGUUUUUCAGGGAUUGAGAGUCUCUCGACUGUCUCGUACUUCUUGGAGUCCCCAGAGCCCGACAGCGCAGAGCCCGCCCGCGGCGAGUCUCCCUCUCGAGGCCUCGCUGCCCUGCCGGCGGCGCUCUCUUCUUCCUCGCUCGCCCCGCCCGUCGCGGAAGGCUCCUCCUGGCUCUCGGGUCCGCGGCCUUUGUCGUCGGCGUGGCCCUGGAGCCUCGCAGACGCCCACGCGGCGUACCGCCGAGGUGUCUCUGCGGCCGAAGGCCUCGUCGGCGCUCUCGCGUCCUGGCUGCGGGAGGUCGUCGCGGCCGUCUCUCCUACGCUGCUGUACCGCCUCGCGGAUGAAGCCCGUUCGGACCCCGAAAGCGGCGGGCUGCCGCGGCUCGGUCAAAAGGCCCCAGAGGCCUCUGCGGGCAGUCUGUUAGGCCAGGUGGCGCCGAUGAGCGCCGCGCAAGCCUGGAGCGAGCAUGAAGCCCGGCGCCUGCAGUCCGUGCCCGUCGCGGACGACCCGCCUGUCGUCACGACCGUGAACAACACUUACGUGCUCGUGAUGGAUCAUUUUCAGUUUCUUUUCUUCGAGCAAGAAAAGGACUGGUUGCCGUCAUUCACGGCAUCUGAUGGCGUGGUGGCGAGUUCCUACGUGCCUGCCUUCAAGCGCCUGCCCUUCACGUCCUCGCGCAUGCACGUGCGGCUUCGCGUGCCGCGACGCGACCGCUACGCCGUGGUGCUUCUCAAUGCCGACGGUCUAGACCUUCGCUUUCGCGGAGAAGUGACGUUCAUGAACCCUGGAAACCAGCAUCUUUCGGUGGAGCAAAUCGCGCUUCCAGCCACGGUCUUCGCGCUCAUGCUUCUCUAUGUUAUCACUUCCGGCGGUCUCGCCCUCCUCAUGCUCGUUUGUCGACGCCGAAGGUGGAGGGCGGUUCACCUGCUGAUGCUGGGGAAUUUCCUUUUCUCGGCGCUCUCCUUCGCCCUCGAUUGGCGGCAGGCUGUCUACGUGCAGGAGCACGGCGUGCGGCAACCCGUCCUGUGGCUUGCCUCGCGCGUGCUGAAGAAGAUGCAAGACAUUGUAGCUCUGAUGACGUUCAUCCUCGUCGCGCUAGGGUGGAAGACGUUGCGCUCGCACUUGAGUCGGAUCGAAGUCCAGUUUGUCGCGGGUCUCUGCGUCAUUUCGCUUUACCUCGGCCUCUUUGAAAUAAUUCUUGGAGGGUUUCAGGGCACGCGCUAUAUCCUCCAUGCACUUGGAUACAUCUGCGUCCUCGUAGCAAUCAACGCAAACCUCGCUCUUCUCUACUCGCACAUCGCCGACGCCACGCUUGGGCCGUCCAUCGGCGAGUUGUACCACAAAUAUGACGGUUACAAGACGUACCGGUGGAUUUUUUUUCUCUAUCUGAUGAAGCCGGUCACGCUCGUUUUUUUCAAGCUGACGUUCCUCAACCUGGAGUACGAGCAACUUCUUUCCUGGGACGAGUGGAUCUUUGUCGUCGUCGACAAUUUCAUUGAUUACCUUAUCUACCUGGGGCUGCUGUACGCAUUCCGGCCUGCCAGUUCCAUGCGCGUCCUGAGGGAUCUCACGCCGGAUAAUGGCAACGCCGCCGUCGGGGCUCGGUCGACGCCUCCGACAAGCGUCUGGCCGGCGUGA